AUGACAGAUUACAGCAAACAGACAGUCGCGCAACUGCGGCAGGUGUUGAAGGACCGGAGUAUACCCAGCACCGGCUUGACACGAAAGGCGCAAAUUAUCGAGAAGCUUCAGGAGGCCGACCUCGCUGCCGAGACUCCCAGUGCGCCAGAUGAGGGUACCGAAAGCGCAGACGCGCCGCCGGAUGCGGUAGAGCAGGUGAAUACCGAAGUUGGCGACGACACUGCCACCAAAGAGCAUGUCCCUGGACCAGCGCUCUCUGAGGCUGGAGGUAUGCGCACUAUGAGUACAUCGCCGCCGCUAGAUGCUGACCCGAGUCUAGAAGCAGAGCAGCCUACACGCGAAGCCGAGCCAGAGCCUCUACCCGUACCCGCAGCGACUACCGAUUCCCUCCCCGAGACAAUUUCGCACAUUGACAGCGAGAUUCCUCCACCAGACGAGAUUAAAGCAAUAGAGCGGCCUGCCGAGAACACCACCAACGCGGAGGAGCCCGGCUCAAUACAACCGGCGGGAGUCUUCAAUGCACCGCCCGCAGAUCCCGACGAUGUGGUUGGCCCAACCGUGACGGAGCCUACAGAUGCGGAAGUUGGAGACGUAAAGAAAGUCGAAGUCGCAGAGGGCGAGCUGCCAGAUGCUCCAGGACCGGCUGCUGAAGCUCUGCGGUUGGCGCAGCCAACGUCUGGACUCCCCGAAGAUUUGCAAGACACGAGCAUGGACGCGAAGACAGCUUCACCUGUGUCCAAUGAGCAACAAUCCGUUGAGAAGCCGGAAUUGCUUACCGUUCCAGAGCCCUCGACGACGGAAACAUCGAGGCUCAACACGGAAGAAGUAGAAACAGACUCGAAGAAGAGAAAGAGGAGGAGUGACACCCCCGAGAUGGCGGACCAGGAAAUCAAGGCAAAGAAGCACAGGCCCAGCCAGGAACCGGCGCCUGGCGUUCACCUGCAGGAAGACGAGGACACCGUUAUGGAGCAAAGAAGAUCGGAGGAAGAGAGCGCACCUUUAGCAAAUGGCAAUCCGAACGAAACAAACGACACUCGCUCUAUACCAGCCGGGGAGGAUCCGCUAGUUGUGGAGACCGACACAAGACGCGAGAAAAAGGAAAAGGCCUCUCGGUACAAAGACCUCAUGAAAUCCAACGCAGACGACACACCCCAGGAAGCCUUGACUGAUGACAGACCCACGGUACCCGCGCUCCACCCUGUGACAUCUGCAUUGUACAUCCGCAAUUUCAUGCGCCCUCUGCGUCUGGAGCCACUACGAGCACACCUAAUCUCUCUUGCCUCGCCGCCAUCCACCUCACCGGACCCCACAAUUGUGGAAACCCUUUUCCUGGACGUACUCAAGUCGCAUGCGCUUGUACUGUUUAGCACUAAGACUGCUGCAUCACGAGUGCGAGCAUCUUUACACGGCUCCAUCUGGCCACCAGAAGGUAACAGGAAAGAGCUCUGGGUCGACUUCGUCCCGGAUGAGCACGUGAAGGAUUGGAUCAAAGAGGAAGAGGACGCUGCAGCUGCCGAGAAGGACGCUCGUGCAAACAAACGCUCACACAACCCCAAAAGGUUUGAAGUCGUAUAUCCAGAGUCCAGUGAUGGCUCUGUUGUAGCUGUAUUCCAGGAAGUCGGUUCAGGCGCUCCUGCAAACGCACCACGAGGCCCACGCGCAAGCGCAGACGCACGAAUGCCAUUUAUACAACAAGCACCAGCACCAUCGCUCCCAACAGCCUCAUCGAAAGAUCCCCGACAAAAUACUGAAGCUUCAUUCAAAACACUCCACGAUCUGUUCAGCUCCACAGAAGCGAAGCCCCAACUCUUCUAUCUCCCCGUUUCGGAUGCUAUUUCCGAUCUGAGGCUAAAGGAACUGGACGCCGAGACAAGCAGAGACUGGGCACCUGGCCAGACGAGGAAGGGGCGGGGCAUCAAGACAGAGAUGAAGUACAAAUACAGUUUUGACGACGAUGACAGGGUUGUCGAAGUUGGUGAAGAGCGCCCUGACUACAGAGGUGGCAGAGGCGGUAGUGGCUACAGAGGGCGGGGGAGGGUCGCGAGCUUCUUCACGCUCAUGUGUCAUUAUAUUGCACCUGAUCUCCAUGAGCAGAAAGAGUACUUUCGCCACGUCGAACCGAAGAAUUGGGGUUGGCCGUUGAAUUGGUUCCAGAAGCUGACCGGCGGCGAGCACAAAGGGUUGCUGAGGAGGCCGAGGAGCGGCAUUACCUGGUUCAAUAUCAAUUACAUCGGGAUAUUCCAAUACGUCGUUCUUCGUACCAUCGUAACAACCGUAGCCGUCAUCACGUCAUCCCUCGGUCAAUUCUGCAAAGGAAGUCAUAACAUCUACGAGCAGCUCAAAGAAGAUCUCGCACCCAACAGACCCGUCUUCAAGAUGGUUUGUGUCAAGCUCAUCGUCUUCUUUACUUACUGGCAAACAUGGCUCAUCUCGCUGCUCAUUCAAUACAGAGCACUGCGACCUACGCGCUUCAUUGCUGAACUGGAUCUUCAUGUCGGAAUUACCUGUCUGCUUACAUGCACCGAGACUUUGGUCUUUGCUGUCCUGCAUUACUGGGCGUUCCCAUGGAGGCCCUACAAGAUCGAUCGGCUUCCGAAGUUCCCUCAACAAAGGUACGAGUGUGGACCCAAUGAAGCUUUGGUGGAGGUAUUGAAUCCUUGGGAUUAUUGCUGCGCGGCUGCUCGCGGCUUCCGUUGGCUAUUCCAUGGCAUUCACUUUCGGAACGAGAGCGUAGCCUACAAGUCCGAUUGCAAAAUUCCUGGUCCCAGGACUCGAGGCGGCACGCAGUCAGAGCCACUACACGACGGAUCGAAGAACAGUUGGAGGUGCAAAGAGAAGGAUCGCAAAACAGAUUGA